CAGACCCCAUGAGUCAGGAAAAGUUACCACCAUUACCAUUCCAGCAGAAUUCACAGGCAAACGAAAGGGCUAUGAAAAAUAAAGUUCAAAAUGCAGACUCACAGGGUGAUAAACAAAGAACUGAUCAGCCAGCGAAAAAUAAGAAUGACAAAGGCAAACAAAUGGAAAGUCAGAAAGACAAUGAAACAACUAUUGAAAAGGUUGAAGGAAAAGCAAGCUGUGCGUUAUUGAUUCUGACAGUAGGAAUAAUGGUUACUUCGAUUAUAUUAGUAACAUGGUGUGUGAUAGCAAGAAAAGCCAAGCUCUGUGAAAAAAAAGAAGCACUAGAAAUAUUGAAUAUGGAUUCCUUUGUUUCCUGCUCUUAUGAUGACGCAAGGGAGAAAAUUAAAACCAUUCUCAUAAUAGGAUGUGUUUCUGUUGCAGUCAGUCCCCUUUGUCUUCUCCUUCGUUUGCCUUUAUCAUAUGCGCCAACCGGAAAAUUUGAAAUCUAUUUCUUCUUUUGUCUUGUGAUAUCAGUUUUACUGUUCAUUUACACGAUUCCAAUUCUGGAUUUAAAAGCAUCACAAAAACUUACGGAUUAUGGCACAUUAAAGAAAGUGAUGUUUAACUCCUUGGCACAAAAGUAUACUUCUGAUGAAAUCACACGCAGUAAUACUAUGUCAGACAGAUGGAACACAUUUUUUAUCAAGUACGACUGUUGCGCUGUAAACCAGAUAAUAAGCACAACUAAUGACUUUGAUACGGCCCCCUGGUGUACAACUUCCGGAUCCUGUCAACAGACGAAUUCUCAGAUUCCGAAAACCUGUUGUAAAGAUAUCACUGAAGAAGACUACGUCAAUGCAACUAGCAGUUGUCAUGCUACUGUCACCGCUGGAUCAUACAAAGACAGCUGUUUUGCUAGAGUGAUAAACCUUUCUAAUGAGAGUCUUAAAGAGUAUCAAAUUGAUAUGAUAAUUACCUGCUCGCUCACUUUGGCAGUAAUAAUGUUUGCUUCAUUCCUCCACGUUCUUGUCCUGAUUUUCAUCAGUAUCUUCAAAAGAUCUGAAUGCUGUACCAAGUGCUGCAAUUGA